UCCCUCAGGCCCAUCACCAGGUCAGUGUCAAGGUCUCUCCCAAGGACACCGAGAUGAAAACAGCAGAAGAGCCAGCCCCGAAUCUUGGGCAGACCCUGGAGUGGCUGAGAAAGGAACUGGCUGAGAUGCAGAUCCAAGACCAGAAGCUCCUGCUCACACUGAGGCACCUCCACAGCGUCCUGGAGGAGCUGCGUUCUGAGAGUGCCCACUGGGAGGACGCCAGGUCCAGCAGAGGGGCAUCACCCAUCAGAGCUCGAGCAGGCUCUGAAGGCAGGGGUCACCCUCCCAUGUUGUCCAGGCGCCUGGCCCAGCUCCUCCAAGGGGUAGACAGCAGGCGAAGCUCCCUCCCUUAA